AUGCGAUUAUCACUGGCAAGACUGAAAAUGCCGACGAAUACUAAAUUGUGGCAAGAUCCUGUACUGGGUUAUUUUGAAACACACGGAAAAAUGCGCUUCAUUGCAGGUGAAGAUUAUGGUAUUAGUGAUGAAGAGAAAAAGGCUGUAUUGUGGAGAUAUCGUUUAAAAGAGAUUUUGAAAAAGGAAUAUCUUCGACGUGAAUAUGAUCCUCAUACAUUCAAGUAUAAGGAAGGUGUUGUAAUUGAUCCAGCUGUGUUUCGUUGGUAUUCAGCUAAUGCAAUGCAGUACGAAUUUUUUCGAUAUACUCCGCGUUCUGUGUUUUUAUAUGCUGGCGGAUUUAUUUUUGUCUUCUAUGUCUUAGCGAGAAUAAUGUUUCAGUUUGAGGAUGCUGGACGUGAUAUGUGCCUGGAUGGUGAGUUGCUGUGGUGGGAUCGCAUGUACAACCGCCAGCUGAACAUAUGUGGCCACUAUCAUUUCAGUCCAACAUUCGCUAGUUAA